AUGAACUACUACCUGUCAGUUAUUCCAUUCAUUUGCGCUGUUGAAGCAGGUGUCAUUGACCUCGAGGGACUGCAACUUAAAUUGUUAAAACCAAGUGGGCGCGCUGAUCAAUACUGCAAUAGUAUUGCUUCUUGCCGUGAAUUAAUUCCGGAAACGUUUCAAAAAUGGAUUGAAUUUUACAAGGGCCAUUGUACUCCCAUAGACGCAGCGCAACUAGACUAUUUACUGUACUAUAUGUGGGACGCUCAUAAAGCUUCCUUGGAAUCUGCUUAUGAGAUAUUUGAAGAUCUCCUUUCGGGAUAUCCACUUGCAGAACAGAAGGUUGGACGUGGAUGGGCACAUUUUGUCGAGUAUAUCGCUUUUCUCCGAUUGAUCACUAACUGUACAUACACAUACUUUUUCGAAGAGCUGUCUCUUCCGAAACGACUCCUCAGAGAUGGAGACCACCCGCCUUUCAUUCGGGAUCUUACAGUUUACGAGAACCAAUCCCUGGCAAUAAUCAAUGUAUUAUUGUUUGUCGAUUCGUAUACAGGUAAUUGUGGGGUCACCACGACGCGGAAAAAGGUUCAUUUUUCUGGGAAUUUGAUUCGUGACAAGGGUAUAUCUAAAAUGAGUAAGAAAUAUUAG